GUUUAUCUAGACACUUGCGCCCAGCUUGAUUUCCAUUUUGCGGCUGCCUGCUAUUUACAAUGCCUCAUCUUGCAAAUGGACCCUCUACUGGAUAUUGCCCACACUCCUUGGAUGGAAAGGUUUCAACAAAAGGUCUGAUCACUACAUCCACGUACGUGCUGAUGCCUCCACGUAAGUUGUCAUUCCCAGAUACAAUGGGCCUACCAGCCUUGUUUCCAAUGUACCAAACUCUGUUUGGGUUCGGAAAAUCUGAAUGUCAGCUAUCUCUUUCUCUAGUUAGGAGGCCAAUUUGUAAUCAAUAAAUGCCAUACACGAAUGGCCAAGUACCAGAAGGAGCAAGAAAAGGAACGAUUGGCUCUACAUAAGCUUCUGCGGCGGGUUUCAAAAAAGGUUCGGAGGAUGGAUCAGAGGAACCGUAAAAUAAUAAAACAUAUGGAUUUCAUGAAAAAAAACUCCCAUGAUGCUGUUCUUAGGUUUAAUGCUGCACCUACAAAAGAAUUUGAGAUUGACGUGGGCUCGAAAACGACAUUUCGUCUGAUAAAUUCACAGGUUGUUACGAGCGUCAAUCACCAUUUCCUGGAAAAUCGUAUAUAUAGAGAUGUGAUAUUGAUCAUGUGGGAUCCUGCUCCAUAUGAUGCUGAUAUAUAUCAGUGGUAUAAGAAGCCAGAAUUCAAAUUCUUUGAGCCAUAUAGGAAACAUCGAAUAGCGAACCCAAAGCAGCUGUUUUAUAUCCUGAAACCACAAACACUUUGGCAACUGUGGAACAUCAUUCAAGAGAACUCACCAGAACAAAUCCAACCAAAUCCUCCAUCAUCAGGGUCUAUCGGGAUCCUGUUGAUGAUGAAUAUUUGUGAGGAAGUCAACGUCUAUGAAUUUCUGCCAUCUUUACGUCAAACAGACCGGUGUUAUUAUUUCAAACCAUACUUUGACUCUGCCUGUACUUUUGGAGGUUACCAUCCACUUAUCUACGAGAAAAAUGUAUUUAAAAAACUCAACCAAGGAACUAAGGAAGAUGUUUAUGAGAAAGGCAAAGUGACCUUGCCUGGAAUGAGGCAGCAUUUGCCUAAAGCUGGGUAGCAAAUAUGGAGGAUCAUUUAGACCGGUCUUAAUAAGGCCCUGCGCUGACAGUGGACCCGCCAACGUUAUUUAGAGGCGCCAGCCUUUACAUAUCUUUGGCGGAUCCACCGCUGCUUCUAAAUCUACUCUAGCUCUCUUGUUGAUGUAGAUUUAGACCAUUCUCUAUGCCUAAAACAGACAGAAAAUGAUGAAUAAGAUGGGCCUGCCAACCCGUCCUCUUUCCUUGGCCACGCCACAACCACUUUUGUAGACCUUGAGUGAGCGGAGAAAAGUUGCAGAUUGUGGCGCAAAGAACCUUUGCACCACAAUCUGCUCCAGAAAUACGCCUAAUAUAGACAUAUUUCUGUAAGUCAAUGACUAACAGAAGUGGAAGAUUAUAGGUUGUGCAGACUAACAAAUCCAGGAAAGACGUUCUUACCAUUUCUCAAGUGAACCGAUGCACCUCACAUGCACAGCAAUCUAUUUCUUGCUGAUUACUGCAUAUAACGGUAGGGCAAACUUGUUUAGCAGCGCCAUACAGAGAAAGUCAUCACUGACAUAAUUCAUUCAAUUAAAGGGAACCUGUCACCUCCUAAAUGCAUGUAAACCCGCCAGCAGUACCUCAGGGUAGCCCGCAGUGUGAUACUAAUCAUACUUUUCAUCCUGCAGCCCGAUGCUGCAUAAGGUCAGAAAACGAUCUUUUAUCCUCCGUCCGGGCUAAUUUGCACGUCAGCUUGCAGUGAAGGGGGCAGCGGCCAACUUGCUUCAAGUCAAGGUAACUACGCCCCCUCUUGACUUUGAGUGACAGCUCGCAAUUCGGCUUGACUUUCCGAAGUCUCGCGGAUGUGCGGUGCCCUCUGUUUUACUGCGCGAUCCCAUCGUUGCUCACAUUAUAAAGUGAAUAAAUGUGAGGUACCCAGUGUUCUGUGAUCCUUCAUUUUCUUCCUCCCUCCUGUUUUGCCUGUGAGUUCUCAAAGUAAAAUGUUGCUGGGCAUCUUUUUACGCAAUUUGUCCAAGUCUAAAUAAAAUUUAGAUUUGUUUGAAAA